CCUCCUCCACUUGCUUGUCUUCAGGCGUACUUGCCCGCGAGACUCCUACCACUCUCUGAUCCCUAUAUAUACACCCCCUCCUCCCCUCUCGUCUCCUCACCAGAAUUCCAAGCAACGAACUGCGAGUGAUUCAAGAAAAAAGAAAACCUGAGCUUUCGAUCUCUUCGGAGUGGUUUCUUGUUCUUUGAAAAAGAGGGGGAUUAAUGGCGACAGCCGGGAAGGUGAUCAAGUGCAAAGCGGCGGUGGCAUGGGAGGCCGGGAAGCCGCUGUCGAUCGAGGAGGUGGAGGUUGCGCCGCCGCAGGCCAUGGAGGUCCGCGUCAAGAUCCUCUACACCGCCCUCUGCCACACCGACGUCUACUUCUGGGAGGCCAAGGGGCAAACACCUGUUUUCCCUAGGAUCUUGGGCCAUGAAGCUGGAGGCAUUGUGGAGAGUGUGGGAGAGGGUGUGACCGAACUCGCGCCGGGCGACCAUGUCCUCCCGGUGUUCACCGGCGAGUGCAAGGAGUGUGAUCACUGCAAAUCGGAGGAGAGCAACAUGUGUGACCUCCUCAGGAUCAACGUCGACCGCGGCGUCAUGAUCGGCGACGGCAAGUCCCGAUUCACCAUCAAGGGGAAGCCCAUCUUCCACUUUGUUGGCACAUCCACCUUCAGCGAGUACACCGUCAUCCAUGUCGGCUGCCUCGCGAAGAUCAACCCGGAGGCGCCUCUCGACAAGGUCUGCAUUCUCAGCUGCGGUUUCUCUACCGGUUUUGGUGCAACAGUGAAUGUCGCGAAACCGAAAAAGGGCCAGACCGUGGCUAUUUUCGGUCUUGGAGCUGUUGGUCUUGCUGCUAUGGAAGGUGCCAGGCUGUCUGGAGCAUCGAGGAUCAUUGGUGUGGACCUGAACCCUGCGAAAUUCGAACAAGCUAAGAAGUUUGGCUGCACUGACUUCGUAAACCCCAAGGACCACAGCAAGCCAGUGCACGAGGUGCUGAUUGAGAUGACCAACGGUGGACUCGACAGGGCCGUUGAAUGCACGGGCAACAUCAACGCCAUGAUAUCCUGCUUCGAAUGUGUCCAUGAUGGAUGGGGCGUUGCGGUGCUGGUCGGCGUGCCGACCAAGGAUGAUGUGUUCAAGACCCACCCGAUGAACUUCCUCAACGAGAAGACGCUCAAGGGGACGUUCUUCGGUAACUACAAGCCGCGCACCGACCUGCCCAACGUCGUCGAGCUGUACAUGAAGAAGGAGCUGGAGCUGGAGAAGUUCAUCACGCACAGCGUGCCGUUCUCGGAGAUCAACACGGCGUUCGAUCUCAUGCUCAAGGGGGAGAGUCUCCGCUGCGUCAUGAGGAUGGAUGAGUAGAGAUGAUGAUGAUCUAUCUCUCUCUCUCUCUCUCUUGCAGUUUCAGUGCAUACAAGAAACCAAAAAUGAAAGCAAAAAAUGGAUGAGAAGUUUGAGGUUUUCCAUUUAAGUUUAAUAAUGGUCGUGAGACAGGGCUUGUGUGGAGUCAGCUCUGUUUACUCCCUCCUUUCAUGGCUUGAUCUUGUUUAUUGUCAGCAUUGUGGCUUAGCAGAUUUUCACCAGUUUUACCCUGUAAAUUAGUACCAUUCUGAAAUCGUAAUAAACUACUAGCAGUGUGAGGUACUAUUGCUGGAACUGAAUUGAUUGUGCAGUAAAGAGGUGAAUAGCAGCCA